AUCAAAACACCUUCUUUCUCUCUCUAGAAAACAGAGCCAUUAGGAGAAGAGAGUUCUCAGACUCAGAGAGAAGAAAACCAGCCGGAAAUGGCGACGAACAUUGGCAUGAUGGACGGGGCGUACUUCGUCGGAAGAUCGGAGAUCUUGGCCUGGAUCAACUCCACUCUCCAUCUUAACCUCUCGAAAGUCGAAGAUGCGUGUUCCGGUGCGGUUCACUGUCAGCUGAUGGACGCGGCGCAUCCAGGGAUGGUGCCGAUGCACAAGGUCAACUUCGACGCGAAGAGCGAGUACGAGAUGAUCCAGAAUUACAAGGUCCUUCAAGAUGUCUUCAACAAACUCAAGAUCACCAAGCAUAUUGAGGUGAACAAGCUCAUAAAAGGAAGGCCGCUUGAUAAUUUGGAGUUCAUGCAAUGGAUGAAGCGGUACUGCGACUCCGUAAACGGAGGAGCUACUAACAGUUACAAUCCCUUGGAGAGGAGAGAAGCUUGCAAGGGAGGGAAAGAAGCGACCAAGAAAGCUGUGCAAUCACAGUCAUCUUCGAAGGGAACAACUGCUGCCUCAAAAGCUCAAUCCAACCAUAAUUCUCGAAGAAACGACACAAAUGCUGCUGUGAACAACGUGAAUCAAUCAGGAAAGUCCUCACGGCCAUCUUCAAGUGGAGGCCCAGCAUAUGAUGAACAGAUCACAGAAUUGAAACUGUCAGUUGAUAGCCUUGAGAAGGAGAGGGACUUCUACUUUGCCAAGUUGCGGGAUAUUGAGAUACUGUGUCAGAGCCCUGAAAUAGAACAUCUAGCGGUUGUUGGGGCUAUCCAGAAGAUUCUGUAUGCUACAGACGACGACGCCUCCGUGGCGGCUGAAGCUGAAGCCAUGGUGUCUCAAGAGGCUAAAGAAGUAGAUAUCUUGAGCCCCAUUCUGGAGGUUUCAGAGGAAAGAACGAGCUCAGAGACCCAGAAGAGGAAAUGCAUUGUCAACCAUGACUUUGAUACUGCUGGCGUCACCACUUUGUCUCCGAGGCAAAGGGUUUCUGAUGCUUCCGAUGUUCAUUGCAGUGGGUCACCCCUUAUGACUUACUGAUCACCUAAGCUGUAGAGAAUAGUACAUUCUCAGUUCUAUUUUGGAAAACUCAUUUUAUUGAACAUUUGGGGGCAAUAUAUAUGACUUACUGAUCACCUAAGCUGUAGAGAAUA